CAGGCAGUGCUGUUGGUCCGUGUGGCAGACACAGGCAGCGCAGGGCGCACGGUGCGGCGCUGCCUCUCCGCAGCGUCAAACAGCCUUCACAUCGGACAGGCGACAGAAAAGACAGGUCGACCCACCGCCUGCAUCACGUCCACGUCUGUGAACAGUUGAGGGGAGCGAGUGGAACAAAGAGUGGACCGUCUCAGCGCGGCUGGGGAUGAUGAGGACUGGUGGUGAGCCUACAGGGCCAUUAACAUUACUCCCUCCUUCUUCUCCGACUGGGUGCUAGAAGCGUGUAGCGGUUUGUCUGCGGUAGAUUAUUGAACAACACUGAGUGACUAAACGAGCUAAUGAGAUUGGCAAACUGGCGUCAGUUAUCUGCGGAUGAAAGCCCAGUAAAAACAGCCUAUCAGAGAAAAUAUUUUUUGUUGCUGAAUGAUCGUGGAGAUGAAACAUGUUUGAGAGAUCCUCCGCUGAGUUGCGUCCUGUGAACUGCAUCAAACCAUCUGCUGCUGGAGCGUCCUCUUGACUCCUGUUUUAGAUGGUGAGUCACGCCCUCUCUCUCGCUGAAUAGCCAGCCUCACAAAGGCGAAAGGAUCUCAGCUCAGCCAGUAAAUAAAAACCCUCUUCCUUCUGCACAGCGUGGGAGAAAGUGCCACUGUGGCGCUGGUGUGGCAUCUCAGUGGGCUGAUAACUGGAGUGAAAGCGGUGUUGAGGGUUCAUCUUUCACUCUGAGCCGCUCACCUUUCAUGCCGUGGCCCCGGAGCUAGCUCUCAGGGCUGGACUGUCAGCGGGAAAGCAGAGAGACUCUCACGUGGACUUGAUCGGCAGAGCUGCACAGUGCACAGGUGUAAAGCAUCUUCCUCAUGAGACUGAAGAGGCAUACAUGAAGGGGAAAGUCAUGCUAUUGUUUGGAUGACCUUCAUGCAGGAUUAAGACACUUUAUCUGACUUUUUCUUUGUUUCUGUUGGGGCCCAGUGGGGCUGUGUGGUGGGAACAGGGACAGCUGGUGUUAAUUAUUCUGCUUUAUGAGUUUUCAUCACUGGGAGAGCGUGUCUGAGUGGCAGGGGGAGCCAGCAUGGCCAAGCCUCUGCUGAAGAUACAGCGCUAUUUCCGCAGGAAACCUGUCCGAUUCUUCUCCCUCAUCCUCCUCUACCUGACCGCCGGGAGCCUGGUCUUCCUGCACUCUGGCUUUGUCGGGGACAGUGGCCCCGGGGGCAGAGGGGGCCGUGACUCUUUGGUAGCAUCAGAGAUGGGAGGCCGGACUUCAGUGUCAGACACACGGGGGCUUGGCAUCAUGAGCAGAGUGUUUAAGGAGACCCGCAGGUCUGGACGGAGGUACGGCCCUCCGUGGAUGAAAAAGGACAGACAUGAGGGCCAGGACACGGUGCACAGGCAGGGAGACUACACCAACAACUGGAACCGUGCACUUAAAGGACGCAGUGCCAAAGAUGUGGACGAUGGACGAGCAAAGUAUAUUGGCUGCUACAUUGAUGACACACAGAAAAGAGCGCUGAGAGGAGUUUCCUUUUUUGACUACAAAAAAAUGACUGUAUUCCGUUGCCAGGACAACUGUGCAGAAAGAGGGUACAUGUACGCAGGUCUGGAGUUCGGAGCAGAGUGCUACUGCGGUCACAAGAUUCAGGCGCCCAAUGCAUCAGAUAGCGAAUGCAACAUGGAGUGCAAAGGAGAGAAGAGCAACCUGUGUGGAGGAGCCAACAGAUUGUCCAUCUAUAGAUUGGAGCUGAGCCAGGAGUCGGCACGUCGCUACGGCAGUGCCAUUUUCAAAGGGUGUUUCCACCGGCCAGACAAUGUCACUCUGGCACUUCCCUUCAGCAUGGUCAUCCGAAACAUGUCUGUGGACAAAUGUGUGGACAUGUGCACGGAGAGGGAGAAAACGCUGGCCGUCCUGGCUGGAGAUCAAUGUUACUGCGGCUUCCCAACUCCUCUCUUCUCUCUGCAUGAGCUGGAGGACGAGGGCAUGUGUCUCAACCGCUGCCACGGGGAAGAGUUCGAGAGCUGCGGGAACGAAGAGUACUUUGUGGUGUACCAGACGCAAGUUCAAGAUAACCGCUGCAUGGACCGGCACUUCCUCCCCAGUCGUGCCAAGCAGCUGGUGGCACUCGCCAGUUUCCCCGGAGCUGGCAACACCUGGGCUCGCCACCUCAUAGAGCUCGCCACCGGCUUCUACACCGGCAGCUAUUACUUUGAUGGCUCCCUUUAUAAUAAAGGAUUUAAAGGGGAGCGGGACCACUGGCGAAGUGGAAGGACGAUCUGCAUUAAGACACACGAGAGCGGCAGGAAGGAGAUUGAAUCCUUUGACUCCAGCAUCCUCAUGAUCCGAAACCCUUACAAAGCCCUCAUGGCUGAAUUUAACAGAAAAUAUGGCGGCCACAUUGGAUUUGCCUCGCAGGCCCACUGGAAAGGGAAAGAGUGGCCCGAGUUUGUGAAGAACUAUGCCCCUUGGUGGGCGUCCCACACGUUGGACUGGCUGAAUUAUGGGAAGGUCGUCCACGUGGUCCACUUUGAGAAUCUGAAGAGGGAUCUGUUCUCCCAGCUGAAAGGGAUGGUCCAGUUUCUGGGUUUGAAGGUUUCUGAGGACCGCCUUCUCUGUGUGGAGGGCCAGAAGGAUGGAAACUUCAAGAGAUCGGGGCUGCGAAAGCUUGAGUAUGACCCCUAUACUCCGGAAAUGCGAGCGAACAUCAACGAACUGAUUAGAACAGUAGACGCUGCCUUGAGGAAAAGGAACAUGUCUGGAGUUCCAGAGGACUAUAUGCCAAGAUGAUAUAUGUGAUCCCCUCAUUUUUCUUUCAUCCUCCUUUAAUUGGACUGUUCUGUCAACAGACUCUGCACCACAUUUUGUAGGAUUACAUGACUUAGAUAGCUCUUUCAGUUAUUUUCCUGUGAACAUACAGUACAGGCCAAAAGUUUGGACACACCUUCUCAUUCAAUGCGUUUUCUUUAUUU